AACCCGAAACCAUUACUUUAUCAAGUAUCAACCCGAUACCAAAACGGUAAAUUAGCAAUUUGGCGUUCACUUUUCCAGCCUUCCAAGGCGAGAUUGUACCAGUAGUAAACUGCAAAAUAAAGAGCAAUUUAGGUGAAGAAGAAGAAUUACUAUCAUCAUCAUCAGAACACAACUUCCAGAAAUCCAGAUCUCCUUGCGCAUUCCAAUUCUCAAUAAUGCCUGUUGGAAAAUUGAUAGAAGUAGAGCCACCGAGUCCAUUGAGAUACUUGAUCGGAGCAAUUGUGAUGAUGAUCGGCGUCGUAUUGCCGCUUGGUUACAUGAUGUUCCGCAAUAAGCGUGUUCCUUCUUCUCCUUCUUUUUCCAAACAGACGUAGGAACAAAGGGUUGAUAUAGAGCAAUUUUGAUGUUAGAAGUGAUUAUAGAUUUCGUCGGCAUGUUCAUUUGGGUAUGAAGAGUGACAUGAGUAAAAGGGUAAUGUAAUGCACUGACUGAUCCAUAUAGUGGCAAUGUAAAUGUAUGGUCAUAUGGAAUUGUUAAUUGUUGUUAUAUGAAAAGGAGAUUAUGAAUUUUUAUUCAGAUGUGUUCAUUGCACAAUAUCAUUGUAUUGCCGUCUUACAAUUUUUUGUAGCUUAAUUCGAAUUCAGUUAUGUGGAAUCUUA